AUGACAAAACUGCGCACACGUCGUCAGUCUCGUCGACAAUCCGAGUAUUUCGACCCGGCAGAGGACGAUUCUUCCCCGCCGCCGACUGCAUCGGGAAAUAUUUCCGUCAACGACAUGGUCGCCAUGAUGUCUACGUGGCAACGCAACCAAGAGGAAACGUUUGAGAAACUUCUACAUACAGUUCUCAACCAAUCGCACCGGUCAUCGCCGCCGCCCGCUCAACCUGCACAUGGAAACUUCGCCUCGUGCAAGGCUCGCUACAGCGGAGCGCCAGACGAAUCACUUGACGGAUUUAUAGACGCCGUAGAGGCCUACAAGGAAUGUGCAAACGUAAGCGAAACUAAUGCACUACGUGGGUUGUCAAUGUUGUUAACUCAUGAAGCCGCGACAUGGUGGCAAGGAGUUAAGACCACCAUGAACAAGUGGGACCACGCCCUCACAUCCCUAAGAGGUGCGUUUGGUGAUAGCCGACCUCCACAUCGUAUAUACAAGGAGCUGUUCGCCAACCCACAAAAAGCAAGUGAGAAAACAGAACUCUUCAUCUCUAAAACUCGAGCGCUACUAUCACGUCUGCCAAAGGACGAUCUGACAACCAAAGUACAGAUGGACAUGGUGUACGGACUACUACAUAGUAAAAUACGCGAGCGUUUGAGAAGAGAGGAGAUUGACACAUUUGACACGCUACUCAGAAAGUCUAGAGAGAUAGAAGAAUCUUGUGACGAGAGUCUAUCAACUAGUGGCCUUCAGAGCAAACUGCGCCAACGCCAGUUUCCACCGCCUCGUCACGCCGCAAGCAUUGCCGCUGUCCAGGGGUCAACGACCGCGCCACCACUACCACCGCAGAGCGCGCCUAAGCCGCCUGCGCCCGCCGUUGAGUCCAGCGCCCACGGCACCUAUCGCCGUUCUCUUCGCUGCUCCGUGGUGCCGCCCCCACCGUCGUCUCCACAACCCCACGGCUCUUCUACUCAGUUCGUGAACGCCAGACGUCGAUAUUGUUUCUAUUGCAAGAACUAUGGACAUACACGUGAAGAGUGUCGUAGGUUAGCAGCUAAAGGCAAACAGGACAUCGAUAACGCCGCCGACCCCGUCCCGUCGUGUUACGGAUGCAACGAGAAAGGUGUCACUCGAUCACAGUGUGCUAAAUGCAAUUCGGACUUCUCUGCGUGUGAAUACGACGGUCCGAAAGGCGCGCUGAUGGGAAUUUACGGUACAAGGUACUCCACCACUGUUAUCAAAUAA